UAUUGAAGAUGAUUUAGACGGCAUGCAAGAUCAUGAAUUGAGUUUCUCCAACAAUUCAGCGUUCAAUGAGCCAGUUACAGAGCUGAUGUUUCAAGACAGACAGCAGAUGAAGACGUUCCAGUUACAACAGGCCUUGCUCAUCUGUCAGGCUAAACAAUGGCCGCAUAAACCUAUCAAGGGCAUACCAAAUGAGAAAGAUACAAACAGUGACACAUCACGAGAAACAGUGACCAGUGACAGUGGACGUGGAGGCAGUGAUGAUGAUCUCCCUUUGUCACAUAAUUCUAGUAAAGAUGACAGAGAUCCUCACUUAUCAUACAGUGGUAGUGGAUCACAGUUUAAGCAGUGCUCUCAGCCCAACAAAUAUUACAAUAGUCACUAUGUUCACCCUGAUCCAGGGACGCAAAAUUAUCCAUUCACUUACCUACAAAACUGUUCACUACCAACACAUAGAAAUUCUAGACCUCAAUCAACAGAUCUCACUGAAAGAAUUCCAAAUAAUAGAUCAUCGAUGGAGAGAUCAUUAUCCAACUUGGUAGAAGGUGAAAAACCAAAGUUUACUGCGAGAAAACCCUAUAUUGACAGGGAGAAAAGGGAUAAAAGAUCUGAAAGCUGGGUACCGUCUUUUGUGUAAUUUAAAGAAAAAAUAAUUUGAAAUUUGUUAACCAUUUUUAGAGUAGUGAUUUAAAAUAUUAGGACAUGGGUGCCUUUUAAGAUGAAACUAAUUUUGAGCAAUUCUGAAAUAAAAAUGUUAACAUUUGCUUUCAAAGACGGUACCAGCACAUGUAAACUCGGUACCCAACACAUUUGUGAUGUAAAAUAAUUAACUAGACAGAAGAUUCUAUGAUUGUAAUUAAAUGUACAUGUAGUUCAAACAUGUGGGAACCAGCAACAAAAGACUCGAGCAUGGAACCAUGUUAAAGGUAUGAAUAUUCAGUGUUUAAUCUAUAAACUGACGGUAAACUUGCAAAAGAGCAUUCUACCCCCAUGUCUUGGAAUGAGGUCAUAUAAUUAUUAUCUGUUGAAUAUUAAGUUUGAAAGCAUUUUAUUCUGUUCAACUUUAGAAUUCAUGUACAUUGUACAAUAAAUUUUUUUUUGUUGAAAUUCUCCCCAGAAUA